AUGUUGUUGAUCUGGAUACUAACUCUUCUUCAGCAUCCUACAGUUGUGCGGUCGAUUCCACUUUCACCAUUGGUCAGUAAACAAGUCGAAGCUCCCUAUGCACGAGCAUCUCCAUCACAAGACCAGUAUCUCCAAAGAUAUUAUCCUAAUUCGACGGCAAUAAACUCUAACCGCGAGAGUUAUCAAUCUAUUAAUGUUAGCACAAUUACAGUUUCGUCAGCUAUCAUACAGGUACCAGCCCCUAAUGUGGACUCCAACGCAAAUACAGCAGGUUUUGUUGUUACAAGUUUAGAAACUGGUGGUCGAGCAAGUGUAAUUCCUCUCCUCACGGUUCCAAUUCCGAGUCCAACCGCUCUGCUUGAGUACGCUGAGUGUACGCUCAAGAUGUCAAAUGAGCCGACUAAGCCAACGGACCCAGUGUCGUCCAACAUAUUUGGAACUCCUAUCGCAACUUCAAAGCCCUCGAAGAUUUUUGAAGAGCGGAAAGAUCAUCCCGCACCUCGAAUUGGGAUAAGGGGUUCUGGACCUUAUGGCACCAACAAGUUCUAUGCCAACUUUUUCCUCGGCAAUCAAAACUCCCCCGCUUAUGUGCAUCCAUAUUCCCUAGCAUGGUCCAAGGGUCAGGGAUCUACAUCCAGCUGGGGGAUCGCGAUCUCGCACGUGGAGGCGAGCCAGAGAGUUUAUGGGGAGACGCAACCAGAAACAGGGGCCGCGAAAUACUUUCUGAAUCCUAUUGGGAUCCAGUCUUUGUGUCUCUCUGCGUCUGAACUUGGCUCUAAGACUUCACUAACUACGGACAACAUGAGCUCCCAUUCGGCAAAUAUAAAUCUGCAUGCCGAUUCGAAGUCCAAGUCGCUUAUCACCUUCCCUUUGGUGCAGGGCAUGGCCUUUGUGACAGCAAUAUAUAACGGUGGCACGCCUGUUAUUGAAACUGGGGUUCUUUUCAAAACCGUCACUAGGUCAGCCAAAGGCCCUCAGUCGGGUGUUACCAAGUACACGUUCCAUCUUGACGACGGAAAAGUCUGGCAUGUCUAUGGAUAUUCUGAAAAAGGUGACCCUUUCGAUCUCACGGUGCUCGACAACCGCGUGGCCAAGGCUGGCAAACCUUUCCGAGGGAUUGUCCAGGUUGCAAAGGACCCUGAAAAUGCUGAGUCGAUAAUAGAUGCGGCUGCUGGAGCCUACCCUGUAGGAAUGGUACUGUCUGGUACGUCCUCAGGGUCAAAGGGAACAUACACCUUCCAAUAUCAGAAAGCCGGUUUCUCAAAAGUCAAAUUGCUGAUGUACGCUUUGCCACAUCAUUACGAAUCUUUUGAUACUGCUACCGCCAAAGCGACGUCCACGGUGAAAUUGCAAACCACUACAAAGGGCAUGGCAAAGGCAGUGGUUGCAGAUUCAUGGACGAUGAUCGAACCAAAAAUGCCAGUUUCUAUGGGCUUCGCUCCUUGGGAUCCCAUUCAAGGCCCUAAAGAUAAACUCUCGGACUCCGCAACAAAAGCCAUCACUCCCGUUGCGCUGAAAGAGCUGUCUCAGAAUGUUGAUCAACAGUCGAACCAAGAUUCAAUGUAUUUCGGCGGCAAAGCUUUGGCCAAAUUUGCCGCAAUCUGCUUUACUGCGAACAACAUGUUAAAAAACCCGAAGAUGGCACAAGCCGGACUAGAAAAGCUGAAAUCAGCCUUCGCGCGGUUCAUUACUAACAAGCAGCAGUUCCCCCUUUACUAUGAAUCUGCCUGGGGUGGGCUUGUCUCUUCCGCUUCAUAUAAGACAGGGAACAAUGGCGCUGACUUUGGCAAUACAUUCUACAACGAUCAUCAUUUUCAUUAUGGCUACUUCAUCUAUGCGGCGGCGGUCAUCGGGUACCUUGACCCCUCUUGGCUAACGAAAGAGAAUGUCGAAUAUAUCAACACAUUGGUUAGAGAUGUAGCCAACCCCUCCACUGCUGACAGGUAUUUCCCCGUAUCACGGAACUUUGACUGGUACCAUGGUCAUAGCUGGGCACAUGGAUUAUACGAAACUCUUGAUGGAAAGGAUCAAGAGUCAAGUUCAGAAGAUGCUAUGGCAGCCUAUGCUAUAAAGAUGUGGGGAAGAACCAUCAAAGACGCGAACAUGGAGGCCCGCGGCAAUCUCAUGCUAUCGAUCAUUGCGCGCUCACUGAACCAAUACUACCUCUAUACAACGCAAAACAAAAUACAGCCAGAAAAGUAUAUAGGCAACAGGGUAGCGGGGAUUCUAUUUGAGAACAAGUGCGACCACACGACGUAUUUCGGGGCGAACAUUGAGUACGUGCAAGGCAUCCACAUGCUCCCCUUGCUACCAAGCACGAAGUUCACGCGGCCGGCCGACUUCGUCAAGGAAGAGUGGGCAGCAUUCUUCGACAAAGGUCGCGCGGACAAGGUCGAGGGUGGUUGGAAGAGCAUCCUGUACGGAAAUCUGGCCACCAUCGACCCGAAGGCAGCGUGGACGUUCUUUACCGACAAGAGCUUCGACCCUGCUUGGCUGGAUGGAGGCGCAUCACUCACAUGGUAUCAGGCAUAUGCUGCUGCUUUCAUGUGA